UGACCUAAAUGUUUGUUAUGAGUUAGUAUCACAGGGAGGAGGGACACAACCUCAUAUUUUCCACUCAUUUCGCCUCAUUUAAGGUCCUGUCCCUGGUUUUUGGCCACUUUGAAGAGUUGACACCAGUCCCACCACCAUGGGCAACAGUGCAGACAAGGGACUGAAUGAAAACCUCCGCAGAAAUCAUGAACUCAUGGCCGAAUCACAAAGAAUCGGGCUUGAGAGACAAAUUCACAUGCAGAAUGAGAUGCGUGAGAAGUUAAUGUCGAUGCAGAUAGCAAGAGCUAGAGAGCUUCUCUACUGGUUUGGGGCAUUCUAUGCAAUAUCUGCAAUAGGCAUGAUUGCAGGUUUUCGGCGAACCCGCAAGCCUGGGACUUUGGUGCCGCUUCUGCCCCUGACAUUCAUUGUGGCAUACCAAGCAGAUUUGGCCUAUGGCUCCAAACUCAAUCGAAUCAAAAUGGAGGCUGAGAACAUCUUGGUGUUUGAGCGUGAGCUGGUUUCAAUGCCGAUGGGUGUGCCGACUCCAGCUUCAAUUGAUGAGGCUCGUGAACGACAGGAGGAAUCCAAGCGACUGAACAAGAUUUACCGGCUGUAGGUGAUCAGAGAUUAACUGAGUCACUUUCCCUUCCCCUUUUAUUUUUAUAUAUAUAUAUAUAUAUUGUAGCUGAUGGAGAGGGUUUUUGGCAGCUUUUAUGUUAUGUUAAAUUUGAUGUUGUGUUGUGUAGUUUUCACAACUAGUUACUUAAUUGUUUUAUGUAUGUCCUCAAGCAUGGGAUUUCAAAGGUUCCUUCCCACUCUUAGUGCUUUCACUUUGUUCUCUUUUGUUGCCUGUGUUGUUUUUAUGGUAAUUAUGUUUUUAGUUUGGAUGUGAUACAUGUUAACUAAUGUAAUUGUUUCUGUUAUUUGUUGUUAUGGUAGUAGCAUUUGUCAUGCUGUGACCAUAUGAUGACUGUUUUAGACAUGUAUAUAUUUAAGUUGGCAUUUUUUUUUUGCCAUGUAAGCUAUGUGUAUCCUGACCUUUAUGUGCAUUUGUUACCUCUGAGCUCCUCCCACAAUAUAAUAUAAGUAAGAUAUUUGAAUGAUAAGAGUAGUUUACAAAAACAAAUUUUGCAUCAUUGGGUUUGUGCAAUGUGAUGCCUUGAGGUAUUUAUACUAUUAUUUAAAGCAAAAGUUUUGCUUGUGUAUUUGCAUUUAUAUUACAUCCCUUCUUUGCAAUGGGAUUAGGGAACGCAACCUGCAGGAGAAUACUUAGGGGUUGCCAGCAGGUUGCACAGAGAUUGAUUUGGUCUUAGAUGAGAUGGUAAUUGGUUUUCAUUUCUUUUUUAUUCACAAGGACUCAGAAUGUACCAUUUGUGGUGUAGCAACUGGUGAUUGUGCUGAUGUACAGAUGUGCUUUCAAAUAAAUAUAUACUCUUUGUAAAUAAAUAUACUUAAACUUUUUACAAUUC